CUAUAUUUAGCCACGAUCGGCCAUGACGAAGGUUGCACAGAGUUUAUAAUAAAUAUUGAAAAAUUAUCUAAAAAUAGAAUUAUUAUAAACUUCUUUGUUGAUUUAUCAUAACAGAACAGGCGGAGAUUAGAUACUGGACCUCAAAGAAGUAAAAUUUAUAAUAUGGAAACCGAACAGACAAAAAUAUUCUAAAAAAAGAACAUCAUUUUCCUAAUUUCUAGUCGGAUAGAGAAUCAGCAAUGUCUGAACAACCAAGUACAAGUAAAGAACGGAAGGGUGGCACCAGUGAUGACAGCGAUUUCCAGAUUCCUGAUAAAUUGUCUGAGACCUGGGAGUCUGACAGUGAUUCCGAUCAGGAGACAGAUCUACAGAUGUAUCUAGUGAAUAAAAGAAUGACAUACCAAGCUACUCUGCUGUCUGGGAUGAAUUUAGAGAAUUUUCCUGCAAGGUUUGAAGAAAUUGAUGAUGAUGAUGAUGAUGAUGAUGAUUAUGAGGAUUUUGAUGAUGAAUUUGAUCUUGGUGAAGAUUCCCAUCACAUAGAAAUACCACUCUUCCCUCAAAAUCCUGAAGAACCUGACAAGUUGUGUGAAGUCUGCUAUGAGAGAAAGAAUGUUCGUAAAAGAUUGUGCUGUACUCUACUAGUGUGUGAUGCUUGCGUGGAUUCCUACAUUCAAGAUCGAGUUCAGCAAGGGAUUGUGAAGAUUGGUUGUAUGGCUGUUUGUGAUUCGUUCAUAUAUAGAGAUGAGAUCCUUGGUCGUCUAGACCCUGAAAUGAAGGACAAAUAUUACAAGUUUCUGAUAGACGCUAAUAAAGAUCCCUAUAUAAAGACUUGCCCUCGCUGUAGUAAUGUUAAGAAAGUCUCCAAAGCUGAACUAGAUGAUAAGAUAGUCAUCAAGAAAG